AUGACGACCCGCAAACAUAAUGAAUUCCUUGAUGUCGCAUCCAGCGACGAAGCCAGCGAUCGCGGCUACGACUCCGAUGCCAAUGUGGCGGAGAGCAGAGGCCACGCCGUGAAGCGGCGGCGAACGGCGGACGCGCAGGGCUUUUUCGGGCUGGGGUCUGACGACGAAGACGACGAGAAACAAGAGGAAGAAGAGGAAGAGAAGUCUCGAGCAGACAGGAAGGGGAAGGGACGGAAGCGUUCAGCGAAGAAGACCAGCCCGAGCAAUGAGUCUGAAGACGACGACAAAGAAGAGAAUGAAGACGACCAAGCAGAAGGCACAGAAGAAAAAACCCCCACAGAUCACAACACAACAGUUACGGCGUCCACAACACAACCCACCUCCCUCAAGGACAAGAAAGCUCUCAAACCCCAGGGAAAUAAAAAGCUGAGCAAGCCGGCCAAGAAGAACAAGACGGGGGUGGUCUACCUCUCAUCGCUACCACCAUACCUGAAACCGUCAGCGCUGAAAUCGAUGCUGGAGGCGCGCAACUUCGGCCCGAUCACGAAAGUGUUCCUAGCGCCCUUCGUCCCGCCAGCUGGAGCGAAACGUCGCGGCAACAAGCGCAAGAGCUACACAGACGGGUGGAUUGAGUUCGCCUCGAAGAGCACGGCGAGGCUCUGCGCCGAGACGCUGAAUGCGUCGAUCGUCGGCGGCAGGAAGGGCUCCUAUUAUCACGACGAUGUCUGGAACAUGAAAUACCUGCGCGGGUUCAAGUGGGCGGAUCUCAUGGAGCAGAUCCAGCGCGAGCGGUCGGAGCGCGAGGGCAGACAGCGCAUGGAGGAUGCGCGCGCUCGCAGGGGGGAGAAGGUUUUCCUGGCUGGUGUUGAGGCUGGGCGUGUUGUCGAUGGGAUGGCGAGGAAGAAUGAAGAGAAGGCGAAGCGGAAGUUGGACGAGGCUGGCGAGGACGAGGAUGCUUUGGAGAGGAAGCCUGCAGCUGUGCGACGCCGGUUUACGCAGAAUGAUGUCGUUGGCAAAGAGAAGAAUGAUCAGGCUAUUGGGGACGAUGCGAAGAGGGUGUUGGGCAAGAUCUUUUGA